UCAAAUUUGUAAAUUCACACUUAAAUCCAAUAUUACCAUGAAACAGUUCUUAUUGAUUUGCAUCGUUGCCCUCAAUGGCCUAAUGUAUCUAGAUUGCCUGAUAUCAGACAGAAUUGCAAACUCAGCGCAGUGGGCUGAUUGGCCCUAGGCAAAUACCUGAGAUAUGUCAGGAUAACUACCAUGGUAUAAACAGUGUGGCAAAAUCUCUGAAGAUGGAGACCUUUAUAUUGUCUCAGGGGACUGCCCACCUUCAUUUAAACCCCAAGAAGAAAAUCAGCCACCUUUUUAGCUGGUUGCUGAUGACAUUUGAGACUUGCCAAUCCAGAGCAACAUUAAACGGCAUAAAUGCAUAAUUACUGAUUGUUAAAGAUUGAUCCUCUGCCCUUGGUAAUGAGAAAGGCAUGCACUUUAUUUUAAAAUUCAAAAGAUGGUUGCUGCCAAUGUUUUUAAAGCACUUGAUAAACAAAUCAAAGCCACAAUGUGACAGACUUUUCAUGAUUCAUGAUGGUUUGAUCUUUACCAAAGAUGAUACAGAGCUGAUGUGGAGAACAUACCAGAAACAGGGGUUGAUUUCUCUCUUGAUUUGACUAAAUUGUUGACCUAGCCACACAGGCGGUAAAAUCCAGUGUCUGAAAUCACCCACACCCACACACACACACACACACACACACACACACACACACACACACACACAGCCACUUCAUGACUCAUGCCGUUUGACAAAGAUGCUCUUUAGCAGUGAGCUUUGCAGAGGGGGGGGAAAUACAGAUGUGUUAGAGUGUGCCUGAACGAUAAAGAUAGAAGCCCAUAGAAAAACGCAGGCUGGAUUAAGCUUCUGCUUUGGCUGUGAAACGGGGGGGAGGGAGGACGAGAGGCAGGAGAAAGCCAUUGUGGGUCGGCAGGAGAGAGAGACAGAGAGAGAGGGAGAAGGUUUGUGAGAGAGAUGGAUGUUUAUUUUAUAAUAUGCUAUUUGCAAUAGCAGCAUCAGAGAAAGAGGGAGGUGAAAGAGGGCAAAAUGCAGGAAAAGCAGGAUUCUCAGUGCCAAGCUCCGGGCAGGAAGGCUCACCCAGCUCUCAAAGCCUUUAUGUGCGGCUCUCUCAGCGGCACCUGCUCUACGCUGCUCUUCCAGCCUUUGGAUCUGGUCAAGACGCGGCUGCAGACCCUGCAGAACAAUGCCAAGCCUGGUGCACCAAAGGUGGGGAUGUUCACUGUUUUCAUCAACGUUAUUAGGACAGAGAAAUUCUUCAGUCUGUGGAAGGGAGUUUCACCAUCAUUUAUGCGCUGCAUCCCUGGGGUGGGCAUCUACUUCAGCACCUUCUACUCCCUGAAGCAGCACUACUUCCAGGAGCGGGCACCCAGCGCUGGCGAGGCUGUUCUGCUCGGAGCGGGUGCCAGAACUGUGGCUGGUUUCUGCAUGCUGCCUUUCACAGUCAUCAAGACACGCUUUGAGAGUGGCUGUUACAACUAUGUGAGUGUGGCAGGAGCUCUGAGGAGUAUGUAUGAGACGGAGGGAGUCAGGGCUCUGUUCUCAGGGCUGACUGCCACGCUGCUCCGAGACGCUCCAUUCUCUGGCAUCUACGUCAUGUUCUACAGCCAGGCCAAGAAGGCGCUGCCUCAAGAGGUGACUUCUGCGGCCUAUGCUCCGCUGGUGAACUUCAGCUGUGGGGUGGUGGCAGGCGUAAUGGCGUCGCUCGUCACGCAGCCAGCAGACGUGGUGAAGACCCACAUUCAAGUCAGCCCAUCCCACUGGAGCAUGACGGAUGCAAUCCACUACAUCUACAUGGAGCAUGGCAUGCGUGGGUUUUUUCGUGGAGCUGUCCCCAGGUCUCUGCGACGCACUCUGAUGGCUGCUAUGGCUUGGACUGUUUAUGAACAGCUGAUGGCUCAGAUGGGCCUCAAAUCCUGAAGAGCAUGGGUGUUGAGCAACAAUAUAACAGGGUGAAAUAUGAGGGAAUAAUGAUGGACAUUAUUUCACACUGAAAGACGAAAACACAGCUGAGGAGUCUGUAGAGACAGUGAACCAACAAGAUUUGGAGAAGAUGAACCAGGUGGAUAGAUGUGAGCGAGUAAGAAUGCUGUGAGUGCGUGUGUGUUAUUUAAAUGUUUGUGAAAAUGUGCCUGUUUGUGUCUGUAAGUUUGAGAUUGUGAUGUUACACCUGACACACUCUAAAUGUCAAUCUUGGACUGAAGUGACACUCCCUACUGUGAAGUGAUCUUAUUCCUCCUCUCAUUAUUUAUGUUUGGACUGCCUGAGGUGUGGCUGCCAGUAAAAAAAAAAAACACCCCUGAGAGAGGGCCUGUGACUGUGCGGCAGCAGAGUUGUCUCACACGGUAUUUUAAAAUGCUGUUAAGACAAGCGAGCUGAUCUACAUCUGCUGAGGUAACUAAAAGCAAAGCACUGCAGAGAGAGGCGCUAUGGUUUCUGCCAUAUUUACAAAACUUGUGUAAGAUUGAGCAAUGUUUCUUUGUUGCCAAGUAACAAGCAGACUUAGAUAUUUAAUUUGUUUGAGGCACGGACAAUCACAAGUAUUCACACAGUAGCAUUAUGGGAAGAAAAUCACAAUAUAGCCUUUGAUGCGGUACAGCACAAUACUAUGCUAAUUUAAACAUGUAUUAUGAUAGUCCUUUACAUCAGGGCUUAAAAACAUAGCAGAAAAAUAUUCAGACCUGUUAUGGCAUUUUGGUCAGAUCAGGAUUUUGCAGAUUUUAAUGAGUUUUGUAAUUGAAAUGCAUUUUUUUUUUGUGAUAGAAACAGCGAUGCAGUUUGCAUUGUUUCCUGUCUCUAAAGGGACAGUUCAACCUCAGAAUCUAAAAUACAUAUUUUUCCUCUGACCUGUAGUGACAUUUAUCAGUCUA